CUACUGGAUGGUGAAAAUUCCUUCCAACGGUUUGUUCGAGGCUGGAAUCAAAUACGCUACGAUAUAACCGGCUAUUACUGGAAUCGCCGCUAUAACGUGUAUCAAUCUGCUGAAUACUUCAAGUCGAAUCUUCUUCUACGGAGGCAACAUUCAAACACCAAUAUGUAAUCUUGUGAAUUUAUUAGUCGGUGGAACCUUAAACAAUGUUCCUAGCCUAACAUUUGCACGCAGUUUGCUGACCAUCUGGCUCCUGUAUGCCUUCGUUAUUCGAUCGGCUUACCAGUGCUCACUGUACAAGUAUCUUAAACAGCCCCGCAACUAUUCAUCCCCACUGACGAUGAAAGCUAUGGUUGAAGCCGAUUUGUACUUCUACAUGCUCGACAUCUCGGACGAAUACUUCGAAAACAAUCCGGACGUAUUCAAGAGAAUACGUCACUAUUCCUACGAGACGGGAAGUUUUGCCCGUAUGAUGGGUAACGAUGAACUCUACGGAGCUCUGCUGGUUCUAACCGAUUACAUAGCGUACCACAACAAACUGCACCGGGCAGAUCAGUUCAUCCAAAUUGGUCGGGAGCUGGUGUGCCGCUUUCCGGUAGCGUUCUUCUAUCCGAAGCGGACCUUUUUGAGGGAGCCCUUCGAUCGGGAAAUCGCGCACAUCGAUGCUGCUGGACUGAUGCAGUAUUGGACCUCGCAGCUGGGAGAUUAUGAUUUUUUCCGUCAGCGCAAAGGGUUUGCCGUAACGAAAGCGCUUACGGUGCGCAAUUUGAUUGGAGCGUUACAAAUUCUAGGCGCGCUAGAGAUGAUCGCUGUUAAGGUGUUUUUCGGGGAGAUACUAGCGUUUAGAUGGGGGAUAAAAGAGAGGAUACACCUCUUGUUGAAACAAUUUGCUGUUUUCAAAUUUACUAAACUAACCAUGAAAUUAUAUCAACAUAAUAGGAAGGAAAACACGCUGUAACAACUCUACAGUAUGGAAAUAGUAGGAGGGCUUAGAACUUUGA